AUGGGUGCAAAGAAUACAAUAAGACGCGUUGAAGUAGAAAAAUUAGUGAGAUUCGUGAAUAAGAUUCUUGAAGAGUUGUUAUUAGUGAAGAAUAAGUCAUUUGUUAAACUUUGCAAAUUGGCAAUGUAUAGAUAA